AGCUCAGUUGUGUGUAAGCCACUGGAUCAUAAACAUUAGUCGAAGCUAGGCAUUUCCCAAAAACAUGAUCCACGGGGAGCUACUUUUUGCCCUGUUAGUGGCUCUGGCAUUGGCUAUAGUCCCACCAUUUCCAGUCGGCGCUGAGCUCUCGGCCAGAUCGGCAGCUACUGCCUCAAGCCAUCGCUUUGGCCUGCGUCUGACCACUAAGCUGGGAUUGAGCCAGCCGGACGCAAACGUGGUGGUUUCCCCCUUGCUGGUACAGGCGGCCCUUAGUCUGCUGUAUGCGGGGAGCUCUGUGGAUUCCGGAAGGGAACUGCGGCAGGCUCUGGAGCUGACGCACGCCAGUGGUCCCAAGGAAGCGGUUCGGGACAUCCAGGCCCUCCUGUCGGAACUCAAACAGUCCGCCGCAGUUGGCUGUCGCCUGAGACUGCUCAGCGACUUCUACGCCCAGCAGCGCUUCACCUUCAACUUCCGCGAUGAGUUCGAGGCCUUGGCCUCCCAAAUGGGCGUUGGCUGCCACCGCCUGGCCUGGGAAAGUGCCUCGAACGCGGCCCAGGACAUCAACUACUCUUUUCUGAGCCGCAGCAAUUUCAGCCUGGGGGAGCUAGUGAGUGCCUCCCAACUGGAGUCCCUGGCCGAGCACAACACGCCCUUCUUACACGUCUCGGCACUGACCUUUCGCGCUCCCUGGGCCCAAGCCUUCGACCCGGCUGAGACACAGAGCAUCAAUUUCUUCGCCGGAGGAAGUCGCCCCAGGCUGGUGGAGGCCAUGUUCGGCCAGCACCGCUACAGGUACGCCGAGGUUCCAGCUCUGGAUGCCCAACUAAUAGAGGUGCCCUUCGCCACCGCGGAUCUGAGACUGCUCAUAGCGUACCCGAAUCGGGCGGAUGGGCUGGCCCACUUGGAGCGGAAGUUGGCGCAGUCCGACCUCCAGCAGCUGAGGGGGCAGCUCCAGGAGCGCAAGGUGGCCCUUACCCUGCCCAAAUUCAAAGUUCUGGUCCACUCUACUCUGGACGGAGUACUUAAAGAGCUGGGGCUGGCGAAGCUGUUCACAUCGGAGAUCCAGCUGAGCGAGGUCUUCAGCUCCAUAUUGGCCAGUUCGGCUCCCCCUUUGGGAGCAGUGGUGCAGAGCAGUCUCCUGGAGCUGCAGGAGGAGGGCGGCGACGCGGGCGAUUCUUUUUCCUUCGGCGAUCUGUUCCGACGAGCCCUGCCCCUGGUCAUCAAUCACCCAUUCUUCUACGCCAUCGGCAAUGACAAGACCCUGCUGCUGGCCGGCCACAUCGUGGACAUAUGAGUCUCUCCAAUGCUUACUUAGUAUGCGAUUUCAAUGCUAGCUCUAACCGGGGUUAUCGCCUUAUCAUCAACGCUCGAAUCACUGACAAAUAAACAGAAUCACCCGUGGCAAGCCAAAGGUGAAAAAUGAUUUGUAAACACA